CUCUUUUCUCUUCUUUCUUCUUCUCCCCGUAUGGAACACAGAAAACCCAGCUCCUUUCUUCUUCGUCCGCAAAUCAGACACAAAAUCAAAUCAGCUCUUCACUAUUUCAGUUUAAUCUUUUAACCCAACCCCAAUUCAUUUUUUAGGAUUUCAAUUGAAAUCUCGGCUUGACGCUAACCUACUUUACAUCAAAUUCGAUUUCACAAUCAAGUUAUUCAAUUAACAGCCUAAUUUGGAGCACAGACAUCAACCAAUACAGGUGCUGCUAACCCACCUUGAUGCUCAUAUGUUAUAAAUAGUUGGGAAACUAAUUCAAGUGCUGCUACAUUUUUACUUCUAAAAAUUUAGCAUUCACGGAAGGUAAUCGUCCCAAAAUUAGGAUACCUCUCCUUGUUUAUUAGUCGACUUUAGUUGCUUCAAUUCCUUUCAUGAAAUUUUGAAUGGGUUUACAUGUAAUGGUUCUCAUGAAAUGAAGCUUUUAUUAAACUGUCAACUUUGGCUGUACGUUGAACUUGAAUUGUGUAAAGUACAAACUUCUGUUACAUGAGCUGCACGUAUCUGACAAAAUACCCCAAUGAAACAAUUGAUUUGGGUAUGUCUCAUUUGGUACCUUAAUUUGUGUUGACAAAGAGUAGUACUCAAACUCAUUGAAUUUGAGUAGCAAACAGUUCAAGAAAGCUUGAAUUUGCGGUGUUUCUUUUAAGUUUAGUACUCUACUUCCUUCAUAAUCAAAUUUUGGUUAUUGGUUGAUUUUUUUCUUUAAGCAUUGUUAUUGGUUGAUGUCUGUGCUCCUAAUUUUACAAAAGCUACUCUUAAUUGGGUGCUUUCCUGAAAAUGGUGAUGUUCUUAUGGAAACUUCUACAGAUCCCCGUUCAGUAGAUGACAUUUCGUUUGUGCUGCAAAGUGUCUCUUAAUUUGUUACUUAAUGCAAUGUCAGCACAGAAGGAAACAAGAGAAAAUGUAUAAAUGGGUAUUUAUGAUUGAAGAAAUGUCUAAUGAAAAGUCCAAUUUAGUUGGAAUGGGAUGGCAGGCGCAUCACGCAUGCGUGUUAGACUAGUGUAAAUGAUUGGUUAGAUUAUUUGUUUUCUAUGAUUUUCUCUUAGUUUCAUGUUCUUUGGAAACAAGUUUUUUUCUUGGAAUUUUUUCAUUGAUGGUGAAAAUCGAGAAAUAAAGUUUAUAGAUGGAAAUCAGACAAAAGAAGAAGUUGGAUGCAAAGAGGAUCUAGUUAAAGUCUGAGUACUCAAGUAUGCAGUAUAGGGAGGAAUAGUCUUCUAGUCUAUAAAAGUGUGAUAGUUGGUAUGGAAAGGGGGAAAAAUUCUGCUAGAGGAAAACUUAUAGGGGAUUAAGUUUUAGAAAGGCGCAACACCUAGGAUAAACUAACCUCUGAACAUAAAGCUGUAAAGAUCUUUCUCUAAUCAAGUGAACAUCAUUGGCAGUCUGAACUUGUGUUUUUGUUUGUUCUCGUGCUGGGGUCAAAGUUGAUCAGUGUUGACUCUUGAUAAUUGAGUUUUUUUUCUUCUUCAGCUUGUAGGUUCCUUUUGUUGCGUGUUUGGUUGGACGGAAUGGAAUCAGUUUCCUGAGAAUUCAAUCCCAUUCCCAUGUUUGGUAACUAGGAGUAGAGGGGGAACAGUAAUAGGAUGCCCAAAAAGUAAGGGAAUUUAAAACCACGGGGGUGAUGGGUUUACGAUUUUCCCUCUUCGGGAAAUAAGAUUCCCUUCCCAGCAUUACAAACACGCCAUUAAAGUUAUUAUACAAAACACAAAAGGAGAGAAACAGUUGUUAGUUUUCGAGCUUGGUGAUCUGUAUACAUCUUAAUUUUGAUCUGUAAGUGUAAUGUUCUUAUUCGAAACCAACUAGAUAUUUUGUUACAGAUUAUGAACAUUUUCUUAAUUGAAGUUGAAUUCAUCAGUAUCCGCCACCAAGAGUUUAAUGACCGACAGUUGGAUUGAAUUUAAUAUACCUUAAAUUGUGCUCAAGCAAAUUCAGUUAAAUCAUGCAUGAUUUUUAUCAAUCUUGCCGUAUAGGUACAUUGCACAUUGAACAAUGUUAGCCAUUCAUAUAUCGUAUUGAGAUGUCCACUGGAUUUUGUUGCUGUGACUUGUAUUAUUGUGCAUUGCUUUGUACUGACCCAGAGUUCUUUUGGAUCUUCUCUAUCUAUAACCGGAAAGGGCAUUGAGUUUGAUGGUAUGACGUUUCGUUUACUUAGUAUGGGGUUUAACUGGUGCAAGCUAGCUGUUGUUUUAUCUGGUGCGUUCCAGGGUGUCUAUAAGAUCUUCAGGCCCCUCUAAAAGUGUAGAUAGUGCAAAAUGAAGCUCUAUUGAUUUGUAAUUAGGAGUAGGUUAAAGAUGUUUUUGCUUAGAUUUUUCUGUAAUUUAUAUCUUCAAUACACUUUGCUUUUCUGUUACACACGCUUCCGCGGAGCCAGGUUCUUAACCUGCUUUCUUUGCGUGGUCUUCUUGGUAGGAGAAGACGCGUAGAAGCUAAUUCGUUGCUUAUCCUAGAAUGCUUUGGAUAUUGAAAAUCUGAGCGUGUACAAAUUUGUCACCCUCAUUUGUUUUUAUCUUUUCUAUAUCCAUCUCAUACUGUUAUACUGCUGCUUUCAUAUAUGAGAUUUUAUUUUGUGUUACUUGUCGAAUUUGUUGUUUUAUUGGGAUCAAGGUUGAUCAAUAUUCUCAACCAAACCUUUCGGAGUUACCAUUAACUUGAUCUCAGAGAAGGAACUUUUUUUUUGAAUCGGAGGAAUCAUAAACUAAAUCAAAGAAUUUGGUCGAUCAACUGAAUAAAUUGCGUGUUUGUAUAUGUGUUUAGAAAAUCACGUAACACGUUCCUCUCAAAUAUGCAUAGUUGUUCUGUAUAUUUCAUGGUGGUUGUGAAUUCGAUAUGCUAAACAGUUGCAUUUGUUAUUUUGAAGAUUCUGUGAUGCACCCGUGCAGGUAAUUUGGAUACCUUACUAUUGCUUUUCGGCAGGUCUCAGAAGGUUUAUUGUGCUGAUUGAUCAAGUCAUGGAUUUUGCUGAGCCCAUGAUAUCAGAACAGGAAGUGGUAAAAGACAAUUUAGGGCCAAGGAAACCCCGACUUCUUCUAGCUGCUAGUGGAAGUGUAGCUGCUAUAAAAUUUGGCCAUCUCUUGCAUAGCUUCUCUGACUGGGCUGAAAUUAAAGCAGUUGUUACCAAGUCAUCUUUACACUUCAUUGAUAAAGCAUCAAUUCCAAAGGGUGUUGUUAUCUAUACCGAUGAGGAAGAAUGGUCAAGUUGGAAGAAAAUUGGGGACAAUGUACUGCACAUUGAGCUUCGCAAAUGGGCUGAUGUAAUGGUUAUUGCUCCCUUGUCAGCAAAUACGCUAGGAAAGAUUGCUGGGGGUUUAUGUGAUAACCUGCUGACCUGUGUUGUACGAGCUUGGGAUUUCAAUAAGCCAUUGUUUGUUGCACCUGCAGUGAAUAGCUACAUGUGGAACAACCCUUUUACACAACGACAUCUUGAUGCAAUCAGUGAAUUAGGUAUAUCUUUGGUCCCUCCCAUUACAAAGAGAUUGGCUUGUGGAGAUUACGGAAACGGUGCCAUGGCAGAACCUUCUAUCAUCUACUCUACGGUGAUGCUCGCUGUUGAUUCCCGAGCACAAACUAAUGGUAACAGUUUGUAAAUUCAUACUAGGUUUGCUGUACUGUAAUGUGAUCGAACAUGUUGGUUACUGGGUUCAGUAACUUUUGACAGUUUAAACUUGACAUGAAUUGCAGUCUACUGCAUUUCU